AAGUGUCAUUGUUAUUUUUCGUAAUGUAAUGUAAUGAACCGAAACCGAACCAAAAAUCUUUACAUUUGAAUAAGUGAACCGUGAUUGCAAUUUUCGGACAUUGUUUGCAAAAGAGAAGAAGAAGCAGAGGAGCGCAGCAGCGAUAUUGAAACAAACAAACAAACAAAUAAUCGAUUUGUUUGUCCGGCCAUGCCAGUGUGUGCUCUCUUUUUUUCUUAAGUGCCGAGUGCCGCUAAAUUAAAUAAUUGCCCGUCGCAGCCAAUAGCAGCCACCCAUUUUCCCUCCUGAGCGACAUAAAAAAACAGAAGACAGCAGCAUACAAAUAGCACAAAAGAUUUCACCAAGAUAUAAAUAAAUUCGUGAAAUUCGAUUCCAGAGUCAUGUUAAACAGCGCAAAUAACAAUUCUCCCCAGCAUCCGGUGAGUGCACCAUCUGAGAUCAACAUGAAUGGCUAUAACCGCAAAUCGCCACAAAAACGGCGCUAUGAGAUGACAAAAUAUGCUGUAACACCAAAAAAGAAAAUCUGCAAGGAGCGCAUUCAGCAGCCGAAAAAUACAGUGGCAAUACUGAAUGAGUUAAGACAUGGACUGAUUUACAAAUUGGAGUCACAGACUGGUCCGGUGCACGCACCUUUAUUUACGAUAUCCGUUGAGGUCGAUGGACAAAAAUACUUGGGCCAGGGUCGCAGUAAAAAGGUUGCACGUAUCGAAGCAGCCGCUACCGCACUCCGCAGCUUUAUACAGUUUAAGGACGGAGCUGUCUUGUCACCUUUGAAGCCAGCGGGCAACUUGGACUUUACCAGCGAUGAACAUCUGGAAAAUGGUAUUGAAAAUAUGUCCAAUGAACAGUUGAUCGCAACCAAUAAGGCGUUGAUGUUGACUGAAAAGAAAUACAAACUUACCUCGCUUGAACAACCCACGUUGCGUCCUCAAAAGUUGUGCAUGAAUCAGAAUGUGAGCAAGAGUGCCAUUGCUGUCGAUGGCCAAAAAAAGGUUCCGGACAAGGGACCUGUUAUGCUUCUGUACGAGUUGUUCAACGACGUUAAAUUCGAUUGUAUUAAUAUUGACGGAGCUCAAAACAAUUGCCGCUUCAAAAUGACAGUUACAAUAAACGAGAAAAAGUUUGAUGGAACAGGUCCUUCCAAAAAGUUGGCCAAAAAUGCGGCAGCUAAGGCGGCACUUGCAUCACUGUGCAAUAUUUCGUACAGUCCGAUGGUGGUGCCGCAGAAAAACGUUCCCCUGCCAAUUGACGACAAGUCGUCGUCAAUGGAGCUGCCGCAGAUACAUGCAGAUACCAUUGGACGACUGGUGCUGGAGAAGUUCAUGGAAGUCAUCAAGGGACAGGAGGCCUAUUCGCGACGCAAGGUAUUGGCGGGGAUUGUAAUGACAGAGAACAUGAAUUUUUGUGAAGCCAAAGUUAUUUCCGUUUCGACGGGCACCAAGUGUGUCAGUGGCGAGCACAUGAGUGUGAACGGAGCUGUGUUAAACGAUUCGCAUGCCGAGAUAGUCUCCAGGCGCUGUCUUCUGAAGUUCCUCUAUGCACAGCUGGACCUGCAGUGCAACCAGGCCACAGCAUAUCAGUCGAUUUUCGUGAGGAAUACUGAUGGGCAAUACCCUUAUAAACUAAAAUCCGGGGUACAUUUCCAUUUGUAUAUAAAUACAGCACCUUGUGGGGAUGCACGGAUAUUUAGUCCUCACGAAAACGACACUGGUGUUGAUAAACAUCCAAAUAGAAAAGCUCGUGGCCAAUUGCGUACAAAAAUCGAGUCCGGUGAGGGGACAAUUCCAGUCAAGAGCAGUGAUGGAAUACAAACGUGGGAUGGCGUAUUGCAGGGCCAACGCUUGCUGACCAUGUCGUGCUCUGAUAAAAUCGCACGUUGGAACAUCGUGGGCAUACAAGGCUCCUUGUUGUCUUCCAUAAUUGAACCAGUGUACCUGCAUUCGAUUGUGCUGGGCAGUCUGUUGCACCCAGAGCACAUGUACCGUGCAGUGUGCGGCCGCAUUGAGAAGUCGAUCCAGGGUCUGCCACCGCCGUACCAUUUGAAUAAGCCACGCUUGGCAUUGGUCACAUCGGCAGAGCCGCGAAAUCAGGCCAAGGCUCCGAACUUCGGCAUUAAUUGGACCAUCGGCGACACCGAGCUGGAGGUGGUCAACUCGCUCACUGGCCGAACAAUUGGCGGUCAAGUGUCGCGCAUCACGAAGCAGGCGUUUUUUGUUAAAUAUGGCUUUCUAAUGGUGAACCUACCAGGUAUUUUAGCCCGCAAAGUAACCACAGACUAUGGGCAAACAAAGGCCAACGUAAAGGACUACCAGACGGCGAAGCUUGAAUUGUUUUCGGCUUUCAAACGAGAGGACCUUGGCAGCUGGCUGAAGAAACCCAUUGAACAAGACGAAUUCGGCCUUGCCGAAUGAUGACUGCAUUCAGCACUACUAUAUAAUUUAAUAAAAGACAACAGAAACGGCAAGCAAUUAAUAGAAUUAGAUGAUAUAACUUGUAUGACAAAUUCAUAUGUAGUAGAAUGCAUAUUAAGUUGGUUGCAAGUGCAAAGACAGCGAAAUGAACUUCUCCAAAUGAUUGGCAUGAACCUGCCAACAACCUUGUGCACCCAUUUCAACAACAACAACAACAGCAAGCACACAGAUGCUAAUGCUCGAUAUAUAAAAAACGGCUCUAGAAUAUUUAUAGAAUAGAAUGUAGUUUUUAUGCUGGAACUGAGUAAAGGAGUAUUAUGGCGUUUUUUUUUGUAUCAAUUCGUUUUAAAAUUGGCUAAAGCAAUUUCUAUAACUCACCACUCGAAUUAUUAUUUAUUGUUUACAACAAAAAACAUUGCCUUAACCACACUGCUAUAAUUUUUAAGAGAACUUGGCUUUUGGUUAGGAUUUAAAUCAUGUUUCAAGAGAGUUACAAUUUACAGUCAAACUUCUAUAAGUGGAACGACCACCAAAACAACUUCCAGUUGAAAAAUAGAGUUAUGGAUAAAUUUGGUUGAGAAGGUUUAAGUUAUAGAAGUUAGGCUGUACAUUUAAGUAAACAAGAAAAGCAAAAAAAAUUCAAUAUUUUGUACAACGACUUUAAUUUGAUGUUUAUGCGUAUAUGUUGAAGUCAUGUCGAUUAUCCGCUAAAUUUUCGAUCGUUCCUAAUCGUUGUCCGAUUAAAAUUAAAACUGUUAUUAUAAAAAAAGGAAAACCAAUAGUUUAUUGGUAUAAAUUGAAAAAAACAACGAAGUUAUAAUUUUUUGACUGAAAUUUGAAUACACCCUGCAAGGGUAUACAAAUAAAAUCAAUAAAUGACAAAAAUCCAAACAUAGUUCUGUUAUCAUUUGCAACGACAUAAUAUUUAUAAUAAAGUCACGCUUAGUAAAGAUAAAGUAGAUUUUAGGUAAAUCUACAUUAUUUUCAAGAAAUAAAACUGUGUUCUUGGUUAAACAACUUUUACUAUAACAAUUUACCAAAUAAAUUAUGUAGAUUUCUUUAUAAUUACAAUAUUAGUUGAAAUAAAUACCAUGCAAACAAAUAGACUAGUUACCAAUUUUAUAGCAUGAUAAAAACAUAUGAUCUAUCUUAAUGUGUAAUCAUGAAGCUUACGAUGCCAUUUUAUACGUAGACAUACAUAUAUUUAAUUAGUUGUGGUAAAUUAUUUGAACAUCGUACAUAAUAUUUUCUACAAAACUUACUUCUUCCUGAUUUCUUCCAAUUGACCAACUGCUGGUUGCUAAAGGGUCAAGAAAUUUGCUAAAAUACAAAAGUAUUUUAAUUUUAUUAAUUGCUCUUCCAACAUGACCUGAAGUAUUCCCCUUUUGAAAUGUACAUGAAAAUGCUACGUUUGCUAAACAAUAACUUGUCAUUUUGAAUUUCGCAUCCAAAAUUCAGUGAUGUAAAAUAAGUAUAACGUCAAAGUUGCAUAAAAAACACAAAAAUGAAAAAGACAACAAGACUUUAGAGCAGAACAGCUUAUUUCGUGCACUCAUUUAUAAUUUUUCAAAUCGACCAAGAAAAAAUAAAGCGUAAUCAAACAAACUAAUUUUUAUUUUUUGUUGGUUAACAUAAAGUUAACUUCCUUUUCCUUUUGUAAUUUUGUAAAUUUUUUUUAAAUUAACACGGAGUAAGAUUUAUUAAUUUAAUAGCAUAAUUUUAGAAGGAUUUUGCCAGUACACAAGCUCCAAAGGCCGUUACAACCAAUUACAACUUAUAUAGACAUCGUUUAAUAACUUUCAAGUUGUCAUUAUUGAAAAAAUAAACAAAAGAUUUCCGUUUAGUUUAAAAUGAUACAAGUACACUAUUUUUUCCGACGCCUGCCAAAAAGAUAUUGGCAUACUUUUUGGUAACAAAUAAUACACAACAACUUGUGAAAUGCUCUCCCUUUUUUCGAUUAUAUAAUAUAUACCACUCCAAUGUGACGAUAUAAUUGACUUAAGUAAUAUUUGCAUAAAAUACCGCAUAUGAUGGAUAAACAAAAGUUGAUCUUAUAUAAAAUACUGUGAUACUAAAUUUUACUAGUACUUCCAGCAUAGCUGCAUUUUAUCCAUUCUUAAAUAUUCUAUGAUAUAGAAGCAGCUGCAGAUAAUAAUCAAUGACUAUUUAGGAAAAAAAGAAAAAAUUUUAAGUGACAUGUACAGUGCUUGUCUACAUUAGAUUUUCAAAUAAGAAAUUUUACAAAAUAUAUAUACGUAUGGGAAAAGGUAGGUAUAACAUUGGGAUUACUCAAAUAUCAUUUUUGAUUGCAAUGCAAAACAAUAGGUUCUACGAUGCAAGCAUAUAUAGAUCAACUUCAACUUCAGUCAACUACAUUUUAUUGCAGUAAAAAAAUACAAAAAGUACAGAAAACUUAAAACCAAAUAUAUACUGGAACAUUCAAAUUAAAAACUUUAAUAUGUAGGUUAGAUGCCGGUAUAUUCAAGACCCAGAAAAUUAAUGUUCAAUAAUUAUUGAAAUACUUAUAGAAGUAAAAACAAACAAUGAGAUAUCUUUUUAAAAUUUGAAAAUCAGUUGGGGGAAAAUACAUAUUUACAAUAUAGUAUGCUAGUCAUUAAACGGGUAUUCAACUCUUGUUAUGGAAUGGCUUUAAUUGUUCACUCCCCACGUUAUUCAGUUGUCAAAAGCAUAUUAUUUCAUAAUAUGAUUGAAAACUUUUUGCGAACAAAAGAUAAUAUAAAUAUCACAGUUUUAAAUGGAUACCGUACUUGCAAGCUUGAUUUAAAAAUGCAUAUAAUACAAUAAGAAGUAUACAAAUCAAAAGAUUGCACACAGUUGCAAAACUUUUGGAAAGUAAUUCUCUCUCUUCCGGACAAAAACACAGUCCUGCAAACAUAAGUAGAUGCUUAUAGAUUUCUGCGGGCUAUGGGCUAUACUGUAUCCCGCUAAAACAGUGAUAAGAUGCGUUCUCAGACCCGUACUACUAUAAUGUGCUAGACCAAAACGUGAAAAUGUUAUCAAAACCAUAUGGCAAGAAGAAAAACUAAAAAGAAAACCAAGAACUACGCACGUAGAAGGUACACACAUAUUGCAUAUGUACGCAUGUAAGCAAUCUAACGAAAUUGUAUGGAUUAGUCGCGUAGGACUAUUAUUCCAUUCGCAAUUGUAUGAAUACUUAAGGCAACUGAUGUCAAACUUGGGUUAACUUAUAUUCUUUAGGAUCCAAACAUGGGCAACAUCGAAGGUGAACACUUACUAAUUAUUUGUAGUUUUAAAAUGUUGAAAGACUAUAACCUAUAAGAUUAUCUAAGACACAACGUUCAAAACUUAUUGUCAAUCAGAGAAAGAGUGCACAUGAUAUAACAAAUAACAAAUCUGUUAUAAUUUACAUUUUUUUUCAAUGUCAUCUAAGACAUUUGUGAGAUUCAUAGUACACUUACUCAUUAUUAACUUUUUAUUCUGACAAAAGGAUGAUAUAAAAGACACAAAAACACUUAAUAUCUAGAUAAACCGAAAAACGUUAUUAAAACUUAGGUUUACACACACAAAAACUGCGCUGAUCCAUACUGAAUACAUUAUUGAUUCCUCCCAAAAUUGUAUCUUUAAAUGAUAAGUUAAAAAAAUAGCACUCAAAAUACAACAUCGCUUCUUUAAUUUUAAAACGAAACCGUCUGUAACAGAAAAUUAUGCAUAAAUCUAUAUAGAGAAAUACACACUUGUACGUUACACUUUGUUCUUGAUCCAAAAUUAGUGCAAGUAUCCAAAUGUUUAAAAGAUAAUAAAAGCGAGCAACAACUUAGUUAACUGUUGCCCUUAACCAACAAAUGUAUCAAUAACUUAACAAUUUUAAAAUAGAUUUUACGAUGGCCUUUUUGUUUUAUAAUCGACUGUCAGCCAAUAAAAUAACCCCCACGUAAUUGAACCGAAAUUUAAACCUUAUAAGCCUAUUAAUAUUUACAUAAAUCGUUCGGUCUCCAACUACUGUAAAUGAAAAUUUAAUAAAUUACCAAUAAUAUAUAUAGAGUA